AUGGAACUUUCCCGAAAUCUGUAUCUUGGAAAUGAUUGUUCUUCGCAGGAAUCGUCUGGUUUCCUCCGAGUCGGACUGCCACCCACAAUCUUCAUAAUCAAAGCAGGCAGCCUAAUAGAGGAUGCCCACCCCUGGAAGGGUCCAGAAUAGAUGAAAUAAUAAAUGCAGACUGCGCCUGAGCUCUCUCUCCUAAUGUUAGCAAUAUCGAAGGCCAUUGUCGCAUUGAAAGCUGUAGGGACAAAAGCAAGCAAGCAGCUUAUGAAAGGUGACCAGCCAGGAAGCGCCCAGACCCAGGCCUCCUGGCCGAAUUUCUGUUGCCGUUACUUCUUUCAUCACACAGGACUAUGUGUGAUGCUAUGUGCUAUUUUCUGUAGCAAUAAUUUGGACACCCAAAUUCCAACUACCUGGUGGCGAGGUAGUCGCUCCAUACAGUCUCUAGCACAAGCAGCCGCUAUGCUUUUUCAUUCAGUGUAAGUUCAGAGUUCAGAAUGCAGUAUAACGGCUAAGAGCAUGACCUUUGGGUCCAGAAAGAUCUGCUGGAUUCUAGUUUUAUGAUCUUGAAUAAGUUACUUAAUUUCUCUGCCUCAUCUGUUAAAAUGGGACUGAAAAUAUACUAUGUAGAGUUGUUACCAGAAUUAAAGGAGUUGAUGCAUGUAAAGCACUUAACUCUGCUUGGCACAUAGUAUCUAUUACCCGUACAAAUGCAAAAACUUGUUCAUAUUCAGUCUGACUUGUUAAGCCUUUCCCAAUCACUUCUGAUGUUUUCCUGUUUUGUCCUAAAUCAUGGAACAAAUAUUUUAUGAGUCUAGUCCCUGCAGGUGCCAAUUAUGGAAAUCAAGUCUUCUAGCCUUUAUUGGUCUAAUCUGGAUCUGUCUUGUCUUCUAGUCUUUUAAAAUUGAGAUUCAACAGAUGUCUUUUUUCUAAAUCUACCAUGUGCAACGUGUUGCUUAUGCCGAUUCUCAGAUGUGCAUAAGGGUUAAAACGGGUGCCUGUGUUGUACCCUGUGAGUAUCCUUCCCAAUUUGAUUAGGUGCUGUUUUAUCCAGUCCAGCUCAGCUGGGCACUGUGUUCACCCCUCCUCUCCUCUCCUCUCCUUCUCCUCCUACCCCUUGGCGGGUGCCUCCCUCAUUUCUCUCUAGUCCUGGCCCUGUUUGCCGCCUGGCAGUUUUAUAACCUAUGCAGUCACCCCAUCCACCAGUCUCCAACCUCUACCUUGGACUGACAUUACAUUUUAUGACUGGACUUUUCCUCCUCUCAAUAAAAUGUUAAUAUUUUUAUUACAUAAUUUCACUCCUGCGGUUCUCUGGGCAUAAUGGUAUAGUAGAAAGAAUGUGACCUUUAGAGUUAGCCCUGAAUUUGAAUCUUGAUGCUGCCACUUGUUAGUGGUAUGACCUAAGGCAAGUCACUUCACCUCUCAGCUUCAAUUUCCAUAUCUGUAAAAAGUGGAAGAUAGGGGCUGGCCCGGUGG